GCUCUGAACUGGGCUUCUGUUCUUCUUCAAGAAAGCAAGAAAAUUGAUUGAGGAGAACAAUGGCACGACUUUUCACAGCUCUGGGCGUUCUGCUCAUUCUGCACAUUGCCUCAUCCAGUAAACUGGUGUGUCACAUGACCAACUGGGCCCAGUACAGGCCCAGUAUUGCAAAAUUUACCCCAGGCAACAUUGAUCCGUUCCUGUGCACACACGUCAUCUACGCUCUGGCCACCAUCAACAGCUUCAACCAGAUCAGCGCUAUCGAGUGGAAUGAUGAGGAGCAUUACAGGACGCUGAGCAACUUAAGGAAUGUCAACCCUGCACUGAAGACUCUUCUGUCUGUCGGAGGCACAGUCAAUGGAAUAAGCCCAUUCAUCGCCAUGGUAGCCAAACCUGAGAGUCGUGCGGUCUUCAUCAGGUCUGCCAUCAGCUACCUGCGCACCCAUAACUUUGAUGGUCUGAACCUGGCCUGGGAAUAUCCUGCACACAAUGGCAGCCCAUCAGCAGACAGGGAGAGGUUCACUCAACUGGUCAUGGAGCUGUCCAAAGCCUUCGAGGAUGAUGCCAAAGACAACAGGAAGACUCAGCUGCUGCUGUCAGCCAACGUUGGUGUUAUCCCUUCCACCAUUAACAGAGCCUAUGAGGUCGAGAAGAUUGCCCCUCACCUUGACUUCAUCAAUGUCAUGACCUAUGAUUACCACGGACACUGGGAAGACGCUACCGGACACAACAGCCCACUGUACCAAAGCUCUGUGGACUAUGGCUCACACAUUCAUCACAAUAUCAACUCUUCUAUAUCCCAUUGGAUGGCUCUGGGAGCACCUGCUGAGAAGCUGCUGCUGGGUUUCCCCACCUACGGACGAACCUACCGCCUUAGCACUGGUGCCACUGGCCUCGGAGCACCAGCUAACGGCCCCGCAGAUGCUGGACCCUACACUCGCACUGCUGGAUUCUGGGCCUAUUAUGAGAUCUGUGACUUCACCUCCAGUGCUUCUUUAGAGUGGAUCUCUGAACAGGAGGUUCCUUAUGCCACCUUUGGCAGUAGCUGGCUGGGCUAUGAUGACAUGCGAAGCUAUUCUUCCAAGGUCCAGUGGAUGACUGCCAACAACCUGGGAGGUGCUCAUGUGUGGACUCUGGACAUGGAUGACUUUAGUGGAUCCUCCUGCUCAGCCGGAGCUUAUCCUCUCAUCAACCACCUCAGAAUGUCAAUGGGCUUCCCCCCAAAGCCCACCACAACACCAGCCCCCACCACCACCAGGGACCCCAUUGCAGACUUCUGCCGCGGCCGCCCCGAUGGCCUGUAUGAAAACAUAGCUGAUAAGACCACUUACUUCCAGUGCUUCCAAGGAAACACCUAUCUGCACCGCUGCCAGCCUGGCCUCAUCUACUGGGACUCCUGCAAGUGCUGCAACUGGCCAUGAGCCAAAUGCACUACAAACACACACUGAGUCUAUGAAUGUAUAAGACAGUGAAUUAUAUUUGAGUAAAAUCCUUUCACAUCGUGUCUGCUUGCACUGAUUAACCUCAUAGGUUACAACUGGAAGUGAAGGUAAAUCAUGGAGAAAUUGCUUUAAAGCUGGCUCACUGCUUAUCAAAACAAAUGAAAGAAAACCUCAUCAUGACAUGACCUGAUGAAUCAUAUGACUGAUUUACAUUUCAUUCUUGUUUUUGUAUGAGAGAAGUGAACAUUAUUAACAUUUAAUACAAAUUCUGAACUUUUCAUUGCACGAUUAAAUACAUUUAAUACUCUG